CAAAUAGAAGAAGAUUCUCAAACGUCAGUGAUCAAUUAGCAGCCAGAAUUAAUCUCAAAAAUUUUGGAAUCAAAUAGAAUCUUCAUAGCCAUCCAUAUAAUUCGUGGCCUCAGAUCCUCUCAAUAUUCACUAACAUAAUCCAUUAAUCCUCACUUGGAUUUUCAUUUCUGUCGAGCUCUGUUUGAUUCCCCAGAAAACUCGAGGAACAGAGCAGCUAGAACAAGUUGAUACUCUGUCAUGGUACAACUACAACCAUGUUGAUGGUUUAUGCUCCAAGAGCUGUUACAUGUCUAGAUUCUCAUAUACUGAAUGAGACAUUAUUACCCUGUAAGAAUACACAUGUGAAUUCUUUAAACAAUGUUUCAAUCGGUCUUGGCCCAAUUCGAGCUCCUUGUAGUUCUAUAUUGUCCGCUUCUUCGUUUUAUUGGAAAAGCCGAAAUCAGCUGAGCAGUACCAAGAAAUGGCUAUGCCAGAUGCAUGAUUCAAUUCCAUCAGAUGACGAGUAUCGAUCAUCGAGGAACAUAGCAAUCAGUUUGUUCAGGCGGUACAGGAAUGUGCUUGACCGUGGAGGAGGUGACAACCUAAAAGAGUUCAUCAGUGCUGGGGUAAAUGCGUAUGCACUGGGAUGCACGGAUGAGGGAUUGAGAAAAGAGCUUAUUGAUAUGAAGCAAUCUGGGGUUGAAAUUGAAGCAAUGGAGAGCUAUAGUGGAAGCACCAGUUUGAAAUCCAAGAUUGCAUCAGGGGAGAUUGAUGAGUGCAUCCUGUGGUUGAGCAUUAUAUUUAUCACCAUCUUGUGUACACCACAACCGACAAUAGUUAGAUGGUCAUCCACACCUCCAGUGUCAGAUGAAGAAAGGCUCAAGUGGAAAGGUUUUUGUGCGGUCAUAGCAAAUGCUUAUUACUUGAGGGGAAUGGCAUGGCUUCCCGUAAAGACUCUUCAACUAGAGCAAAUGGCAGUAGUUGGACAAGCUGAGGAACCAUCUGUUGUUGCAAGUCGAAUGCGAUUAGUGUUUAGCACACUCGAGGUUGUGAGUCCACAGUGGCCUAAAGUAUAGUGCUUCACUACUGCUUCAGCAUCAAGAGAUGUCAUAUUGCUUGCAUUAUUGAUACUUUUGUAAUUUAGUGUAGCCUAAGCAUUU